AUGCAUUCAACAAGGUGUUGGUUUCAAAGGCUUCAACCACGAGAUCAUUUGAGUUCAUCAACUAAUAAGCAGGAACCCUUGGCUUCUCGAAGAGAAGAGCCAAAACCACUGUCGGAUGAAGAAUCCUAUAAAAUUGCGAAGCAGAAGGCCGUGGCAGAGUAUAUGCAGAACCAUUACAAAGAGCAAAUGAAGAACUUACGUGAGAGGAAAGAGCGGCAUGCCAUACGAAAUUUAAAGGAGAAGAAGUUGGCUGAUGUUGAUGUUUCAGAGGAAGAUCAAAAAAACGUGUUAGAAUUGUUAGUGAAGAAGGAAGCUCAACAUGAACAUGUGCGUUUCAAAGGCGCAAAAUAG